AUGGAUGAUUAGAAUUAACCAAUACCAUAGGAUCAAAAGAAAGUUAAAUAAAAGAAACCAUUACUUAAUAAUAAAAUGGUAAAGAAACAAAAGAUGCAAAAUAAAAAGGAGGAGAAUUUGAGAGAAAUUUUAAAUUUUUACACAAAUCAAGUUGAUGCUCGAAAGUUUUUAUAAAAAAUGAAAGCUGUUGUUGAUUCUAAUUAAUAAGAAAAGAAAUAUUAGGAUGAUUUCCUUAAUCCAAAUGAAUAUAAUGAAAUGCAAGAUAUCUAUGAGGAUUAUAAUAUGGGAGAUUUAGUAAUUGUAUUUCCUAAUCCUGAUGCUGAUGGAGUUAAAAAUCCAUCUAUAACAUAUAAAGAGGCAGAGAAAUUCUAUGAUGAAACUCUAGCAUAAAAAAAUGAUGAUGUCUCAGAAUCAUAAUUAAAAAAAGAAAAAGAAGCAUUCUUAUUAGCAUUUUUAAUGUUAGAUGAUUAUUUAGAUGAUAAAACCAGAAAAAAACUUAAAGAAGAAGAAGAAAAAAAGAAGAAAGAAAAGGAAGAAGCAGCAAAAAAAGAAUAUUAGGAUUCCUAAGAAUAAGAUUCAAAAUCUCCUUAUAUUGAAAAAUCUGUUUCAGAAAUAAAAAUGAAAAAAACAUCAUAACUUAAGCCUAAUGCUACUCCAACAUAGACAAAAAGAGAAAGAGCAGCAGCUAUAUCUUAACAUUCUCAAAAAGAAAAAAAUGAGAGACAAAAUCAUCCUUCAUAGCAUUCUUAGAAAGAGAACAAGGGUACUAAUUAAGAGAAAUCAUAAACAAAAUAAAGAGAAAUAGAUUUAGAUAUUAGUGAUUUUGAUAUGGAUAUUGAUAUGGAGGAUUCUGAGUUGCAUGAGGAUAAUGGUGAUGGUUAAUAAAAAGAAGAAGUUUAAGAAAAUGAAAUGGAUUAAGAAAAUGAAGAGAAGAAGAAAAAAAAGGAAUUAAAUAGCUAUGAGAAAUAUUUAUAAUUUAUGGAAAAGUAUAAGAAAAUAGAAUAAGAGAAAUUAGAAAGAUUUGAAAAAGAAGAAAAGGAAGCAUAAAAUAGAAAAUUGAAAGGUUAAAUUUCAAAGAAAACUAUUUAAGAUAAAUCUGUAUCUGAAAAUGAUAUUAGUGUUAAUUAAUUGAUUCAUUAAAAAUCUCAACAUGUUACUAGUGAUGAUACAUAAUAUAUGGAUCCUAUUAAAGAACUAUUUAAAAUUAAUUUGAAUGAUGCUAAACAAUUUACUAAAGUUAAAAAAUAAGUUAAUUUAGGUAAAUAUUUAGAGAAAGUAAAAGAUGAAAAUACAAAUGAAGAAAUUUGGAUAUGUAAUAAUUAGCAACCUAAAGAUUUUAUGACUUUAAUUAGAUUUACUAUAAUAGAAAAGUUAAUGCGUAAUGCUUUUUUACAUUGUAGAUAAUUUAUUUCUUCUAAUGGUGCCUAAAUAUUUCUAGUUAUUAAAAGCACAAAAUAAGUAAUUAUGAGACAAGCAUAAAAAGUUAAAGUUGUAAAACAACUUGAAUUAGGAUUUGCUGAUCUAUUCAGUUUAGAACCAGUUGAUUAUAAAUUAAGACCAUUAAGAUUAAAAAAGUAUUUAAGAUCAUAUUAAUCUAAUUCAGAAGAGGAUUAAAGAAUAUAAGCUAAAUUGAUAGAACUUAGUAAUCAAACUAAUAGAGAAGAUAAAAUAAUUUCAUUAACUAAUAUCUCUACUCAUUGUGAAUAAUUAUAUGAUAAAGUAGUUUAAUGGAAACCUUUUGAUCUUAGACUUAAUCUAAUAUUAAAACAAUUAGAAAUUGAUAUGAUAUUAAAGCCUUUAGCUAUAGAUUUAAAUAUAGAUUAAAGUUAAGAGAAAGCUGAAAUAUUAAAUGAUGAACCUAUCUCAAUUUAAGAGUGGUAAUCAUAUUUUAUAUAUCUCGAAUGCAUAUUAUGUUUUGGUAAAUAGAUAUAAUCAAUUAAAAGAAGUUCCUCUGAAGCCAAAGAGAGAUUAAAAGAAUUUGAAGCCUUUCUCUAUAAAUUAGUAUUUCGAAAAGCUAUAAGUGAUGCUAAUGAACUUUGGUUUAAAAAAUAUAAAACUAUUUGGAGAGAUAUUAGUAAUAAUAGAUCUAUUUUAUUUAAUAUUUGGGAUAGAUUAGAAAUUUAUCCUACUGCUCCUUACACAGAGUUUUUUAUUCCAUAAGGAGAUUAUGCUAAAUAAAUGUGGAGAAAAUAUGAAUUUAAUGAGAAAAAGUAAAGAUCUGAAUUUUUAAAUAUGGAAAAAAUUAAAUUAACUCAUGCAAUUGUUUUAAAACAUAUUAAUAUUUAAAAAAUGUUGUAGAGUUAAAUUGCUUUAUUUUAUAUUCCAAUACAUGAUCCAUAUUAAUUAAAUGGUGAACCUAAAAAUUAAUUAUUUUAAACUUUAGAAGAUAAUGAAUACAUUAAUAAACGUAGGAAUGAUUAGACUUAAGGAGAUAAAAAACUUGAUGAAGUAUUAGUAUAAUUGAAAGCUCAUGCUGAAUCAACUGAUUAUGAUUGUAAAUCUGUAAAAGAAGAUAGUGCUUUUAAUUUGAGAGUUCCUUGGCAUGUACCUAUUUAAACUUAUCGAGACUAUUUUGGAGAAAAAAUUGCAAUUUAUUUUUUAUUUUUAACUUUUUACACUAAAUAACUAUGGUAUUUAUCUGUUGUUGGUGUUAUUUUUUAAGGUUUAUAAUCAUUAUCGACACCAGGAUUAUAAGAUACAUUAACUGUUAUAUUCUCUUCAUUAGUUAUUAUUUGGAGUACGUUUUUAAUUGAAUAUUGGAGAUAAGAAUAAGUAAUAUUUAGUUUAUAAUUUGGUUAAUCAAAUAUAGAAUAGGUAGCUGCUGAAAGACCAGCAUUUUAAGGCAAAUUUAUAAGAUCUAUUACUUCAGAUGCAUUAAAUGAACGUUUCUAUUCUCCUUUUAAAAGGUAGAUGACAAAAUUAUGUGCCUUUGGUAUUAGUCUUUUAAUUAUUGGAAUGGUAGUAGGAUGUGUUAUAGCAAUUUUUAUUUUUAAGAAUAAAAUGAUAGAAGAAGAUUAAGGUCCAUUAUUGUCAUAAACAGUACCUGGUAUCUUAAUGUCUGCUCAAAUCAAUAUAUUUACUACUAUUUAUGCAAAUGUUGCUAAAAUUUUCAAUUUUUUAGAGAAUCAUAAAAUCUUAUAAUCUUUUGAAAAUUCAUUAGUUGUAAAGAACUUUAUUUUUAGAUUUGUAAACAAGUAUAUUAAAUAUAUAUAUAUAUAUUUUUAGCUUUAAUUCUUUCUUUCUUGUAUCAUUUAUGUCAGGGUUCUUUCCUAAUUUAAAUAUUUGUAAGGUGAAUGAAGAAAUAACAAAUGAUUGUUUCCUAUUAUUAUCUAAUUAACUUAGUACUAUAUUUUCUUCUAAUUUAACUGGUAGUAUUCCUAAACUAAUAACACCAUUUGUUAAAGAAUUUUCAAUGAGAGUAUAAUAAUUCUUAUUAAAAUUAGUAAAUUAAAAAUAAACUAUUUGUAGAGAAAUAAAAUACUCACCCUUUCAAGUAUAUUGAUACAUAAAUUGAAGAUUAAUUAGGAUUAGAUCCAUAUUAGGAUGAUAAAGAAGAGGUAGAUGGGAGUGUAUUAGAUUAUUUAGAGAUUUCUAUUUAAUUUUCAUAUUUAAUUUUAUUUGGUGUAUCAUUUCCAGCUUGUUUUAUUAUGGCUUUUGGAUAAAAUAUAUUAAAAAUUUAAGUAGACAAAUUGAGAUUUUUAAAAUUUGUUAGAAGACCAUUUCCUGAAGGAGCAUCAAGUAUUGGAAAUUGGUUAAUAAUAUUGGAUAUUAUAACAUUUUUAGGAAUAUUUGUUAAUGCAGGUUUGAUAGUUUUUACAUCAGGAUUUUUUACUAAAAAUUAAGAACUAAUAUUUCCAGUAAUAUUAGUGUCUUUUUUGGUUCUCAAAUAUAUAAUUAGAUUUGUUAUUCCAUCUUAUCCAGAAUCAGCUAGAAUAUUGACUGCUCGUCAGAAAUGUAUUAUUGACAAAGCUGUGAAAGUAUUACAAUUUCUACAAAUUUUAGGGAUUUUCCUCUAAUAAUGGCAAACCUUUGACUAAAACUAAUUUUUAUUCAAAAAUUGGAAAUGUCUCUUACGAGAAUGACAUUGAAGAAUUUUGUGUGGAUGAAUAAGAUUAUUUGAGAAAUAAGAAAAAUUUUGAAAGUGAACAUAUAGAUGAUGAUUAAAUAAAAGAGGAAAUCUGA